GCGUUCGUCACAAUGAGGUUUCUGAUUUCACUGUGUGUGUCUCUACUGCUGCUGAUUAAUGGUGAAAUAAUCAAUGGACAAACAACAGGGAUAUUCUAUCCAUUCGGCUCAGCGGCAGGAGACACAGAAUAUUCUAAUUAUGGUGAUGAAAGCUACGUAUUUGUUGGCCUAUCCACUCCAUAUACGUUCUUUGGCCGCACAUACAACCAGCUAUACGUUCAUUUUAAUGGACUCCUUACAUUCAACCAACCUGAACCAGCAUCAGGUCCUAACUACAAUCCCACCAGAGGAGCUGAAGAUUUCAUUGCUCCUCUCUGGAGUGAUGUUGAUGACUAUUACAGUGGCGUGUUCUCAUAUCAGGAGUACACAAAUGGAAGUGUGCUCACUCGCGCCACUCAGGAUAUAAACCAGUAUUUCCCUCAGAUGAGAUUCAAUGCUUCUUCAGUCUUUGUUGUCACUUGGGAAUUUGGUGAUCGCACAAGCCCAGCGAUCAAGUUUCAAGUGGUUUUAAUUUCUGGUGGAGGUUUUUCUUUCUUUCUGAUCAAUUAUGGCGACUGUGCUGUGCUAUAUGAACAAGUUCAGGCUGGAUAUGACACAAUAGGCUCCACAGACUCCUUUGUAAUUCCUGAUUCAAUUAAUGGCAACUACCAAAACCUCAAGAGCACAAGCAACGUAAACGUCCAGGGUCGUUGGGCCUUCCUUGUGAACGGCUGGAGGCUCAGAACGUGGUUGUCUCUGUUGCUGCCUCACAAGCUGUAG